AUGGUCCCUGGCCAAGCACAGAUUUAUUUGUUUCAGGAAUCAGUGACAUUUGAGGAUGUGGCCGUGGACUUCACCUGGGAGGAGUGGGGCUACCUGGACACCUCCCAGAAGGAGCUUUACUGGGAGGUGAUGCUGGAGAACUACAGGAACCUGGUCAGCCUGGGCCUUGCUGAUUCCAAUGUGGAGGUGAUCUCUCAGGUGGAGUCAGGGGAAGCACAUGGGAUUCCAGUGGAUAGUGUCCUAAGAAGCUGCAGGCCAGAUGGGGAUGGGAAGCCUCAGACCGAGGAGUCAACUCCAAAGUUGAGUUUUUCUAUGGAAACCUUAUCCCACCCAAAGCUCUUGCGGGAUGACCCAUGCAUCUCCAAAAUGAAAAAAGCCUGGAAGUAUUGUGGCAGGUUAAAGAAAGAGCAGAGUAAUGAGGAGAAACUUUCUAGACAAGGAAAAGUCAUCCAAACAGAAACUGCUGAUGCGGUCAGAGGCUCUGAAAGCAGGAGAUACAGCAAAACCUCGAGCCCAGAGCCACAUCAGGGAGUGUCUGUAGUAAUGGAUCCCCAUAAGAGUGAUAACCAGAGAAGGAGCUUGGAGUCAGACCAAAGACGAUGUAAUCGAAUCCAUUCACAGAAGAACUAUUCUGAGGUUAACCGCAUUAGAAAACAUGGAAUUCAUGCUGAAGAGGAAUUUCGUGAAAGUGGGGAUUCUUUCCUUUUAAAAAAUGAACUCACUUUACACCAGCGAAUUCAUACAGGAAAAAAGUGUUCUGAGUUGACUAAAUGUGGGAAGACAUCGUGUCAGAAGGCAGAUGGUACUCACCAGGCUCUUAUCAAGAGUCAAAACAAGUCCUAUAAAUGCAGUGAAUGUGGAAAGGUCUUCUGGCGGAAGCGAUUUCUUACAGAGCACUACAGAAUCCAUAGUGGAGAAAGACCUUUUAAAUGCAGUGACUGUGGAAAGGCCUUUUACCGGAAGACAAGUCUUAUGCAACAUUGUAAGAUUCAUUCUGGAGAAAAACCUUUUAAAUGCAAUGAUUGCGGGAUUUCUUUUUCUCGGCGCACAACACUUACUCGACAUCAAAGAACUCAUACUAGAGAGAGACCUUAUGAAUGUAAUGAAUGUGGGAAGUCAUUCCAUUCAAACUCUAGUCUUUUUCAGCACCUUAGAACUCAUCCUGGAAUAAAAUCUUAUCAGUGCAAUGUAUGUGGGAAGGCAUUUUCUCAGAAGUGUGAUAUUACUAGCCACAAUCUCGGUCAUACUGGAGAGAAACCAUUUGAAUGCAGUGUAUGUGGGAAGGCAUUCCAAUCAAACUCUAACCUUACUCAUCACCAGAGUACUCAUACAGGAAUAAAACCUCAUCAAUGCCGUGUAUGUGGGAAGGUAUUCUCUAAGAAGUGUCGUCUCACCAGCCACAGUCUUAUUCAUACUGGAGAGAAACCAUAUGAAUGCAGUGUAUGUGGGAAGGCCUUCAGAUCAAGCUCUAACCUUACUCAUCACCAGAGAACUCAUACAGGAAUAAAACCUCAUCAAUGCAGUGUUUGUGGGAAGGCUUUCUCUACGAAGUUUGGUCUUACCAAACACGGUCUUAUUCAUACUGGAGAGAAACCAUAUGAAUGCAGUGUGUGUGGGAAGGCAUUCUCCAAGAAGUUUGGUCUUACCAAACACAGUCUUAUUCAUACUGGAGAGAAACCAUUUGAAUGUAGUGAUUGUGGAAAGACAUUCCGAUCAAGCUCUAACCUUACUCAUCACCAGAGAACUCACACAGGAAUAAAACCUCAUCAAUGCAGUGUAUGUGGAAAGGCAUUCUCUCGGAAAUCUGGUCUUACAAAACACUGCAGAAUUCAUACGGGAGAGAAACCUUUUAAAUGCAAUGAAUGUGGGAAAGUCUUUUUCUGGAGCACAUCACUGACUGAACACCAGAGAAGUCACACUGGAGAGAAACCCUAUGAAUGCAAUAAAUGUGGGAAGACAUUCCAGUCAAGUUCUAGCCUUUCCAAGCACCAUAGAACUCAUACAGGAAUAAAACCUCAAGAACUCAGUGUUUGUGGGAAGGCAUUCUCUCAGAAGUCUGGUCUUACAAAACACAGUAGUAUUUAUACUGGAGAGAAACGUUUUAAAUGCGUUGAAUGUGGAAAAGUCUUUUUCUGGAGCACAGCACUGACUCAACAUCAGAGGACUCACACUGGAGAGAAAACCUGUGGAGGCAGUGAAUGUGGAAAGGCCUCCCCCCAGAAUGCAGGGCUUCUCUCACAUAAGAGAAUACAUGCCCGAGAGAAAUCUUAGUAAUAUUAUAAACUUGGGAAGGUAUUCACCCAGAUCACAGCACUUACUCAACUUUAUAGAACUCGUGAUGGAGAGAAGGGUCAUUUAUGUCAUCAUUGAAGCAAAACACUGGUGGGAUAAUCCAGAUUAUAAUGUAAUUGGGAAGUAUUUAA